AUGGCUGAAUUUGCGGCCACUCGUGCUUCUAUUUGUAAAGGGGACAAGUUCAGUGAAAAGGCUUGUCCACAAAAUGCAUUAGAAAAGAAAAGAACGGUAAAUAGUCCUUAUACAUCUGUUGUUAGAAGCUUGAUGUAUGUUCAAACCUAUACGAUACCGGAUAUUAGUUUUGCAGUUGGAAUGCUCAGGAGGUACCAAAGUAAUCCCGAAAUGGAGCAUUGGAAAGCUGCAAAGAAGGUUUUGAGAUACUUGAAAGGAACAAGACACUCUGGAGGAGCAAUAUCAUGGAAAAGCGCCAAACAGACUAUUAUAGCAGCAUCAACUAUGGAAGCUAAAUUUGUGGCAUACUUUGAGGCUGUAAUUCAUGUUUUGUGGUUGCGGAAUUUUAUUUCAGGACUUGAAAUUGUCAACAGUAAUUUCCCAUCUAAUUUGGUUAAGAUGAGUUCUGCAUCUUUGCUGGUUUCCAAUCCCAUCCCAAAAAGGUUAGGAGGUAAGGUGGCAUUGAUCACUGGAGGUGCCAGUGGCAUCGGUGAGAGCACAGCAAGGCUGUUUGUCAGGCAUGGUGCUAAGGUUGUUAUUGCAGAUGUCCAAGAUGACCUUGGCCAUUCUGUCUGCGAAAGUAUUGGCUCUUGUGAAAAUAUCUCUUAUGCCCAUUGUGAUGUGACCAGUGAUUCGGAUGUUCGAAACGCUGUGGACAUGACCGUGUCCAAGUAUGGAAAGCUCGACAUCAUGUUCAACAAUGCCGGCAUCCAACCCAAAACAGAUUGGAGAAUCUUGGCAGUCAAUGAUGAUGACUUUAAGAAGGUCUUAUAUGUGAAUGUGUUUGGAGCAUACCUGGGUGCCAAACAUGCUGCAAGAAUGAUGAUUCCAGCCAAGAAAGGUUGCAUUCUUUUCACUUCAAGCGUUGCUUCGGUAAUUGGCGUAGAAGCCGCACCUGCAUACGUAGCAUCUAAGCAUGCUGUUGUAGGCCUGGCAAAAAAUUUGUGCAUGGAGUUGGGGCAGUAUGGUAUCAGAGUGAACAGCAUCUCCCCAUUCGCAGUGGGAACCCCAUUGGUUAGAAAUUUGAUGGACUGGGAUGACAGGCAGUUCCAGGAGGUAGUUUCUGCAUCUGCAAAUUUAAAAGGGGUUACUCUAGAGCCAGAAGAUAUUGCCGAGGGAGCUCUGUAUCUUGCGAGUGACGAAUCCAAGUACGUGAGCGGGAUCAACCUGGUGGUCGAUGGGGGUUACACUGCGACCAAUCCAUCCUUUUCAUGGGCAGCAAAAAGCCGGUUGCCAUGA